GUCUCGCCCCGGCCGCCAACUGCGCCCUGAUGGCUACCAACCCGCAGUUGUCGGUGGCGCCCGCCAACAAUAUGGUGAUGCCAGUGUUCCCCAUCCGACCGACGCCGUCACCUUACUCGCCCUAUUCGCCGUCACGCUUCCACAUUGACAAGCGCUGCCAGCACCGCUGCUCGUGGAAGUGCUUCAGCAUCGGGCUGAUCCUGCUGUCAGUGGCGCUCACCGCCAUGCUAGCCUACUUCGGAGCCGUCAAUUCAAUGAGGCCAGGGAUGGACAGUCCGAGCUGCAUUCUUGUGGAGGAUGCGAAAGCUGUGGCUCAGGAUGAUGGGCCUCGGGAUGUCACCUCCUCUCAAGCACCAACUGAAGAAUCUCUUCCAACUAGUACGGCCGUUCAUUCCGGUCAGCCAGGCAGUCAAAGUUCCAAUAAUAAAUCUGGAAGUUCAGAUCAGCAACAGCAACAACAGCAGCAACAAACUCAGCAACAGCAGCAGCAACAGCAGCAGCAACAACAGCAACAACAACAACAGCAGCAACAGCAACUUGGGUCUACUGUGUUAGAAAUGCGAGAAUUAGAAACUCCUCAUUCAGCAACAAUCCCUCCAUUCCAGUUCUGGAAUUCAGAAUUUAGGAAUAAACAACCAGCUUUCAUUACUCUGAAUUUUACUCUUCCUUGGGGUGCUAACUUUGCUGUUUACGGACGGAGAAAUGUUGCUCCUAGUGUUACUCAAUAUGAUUUUGUCAAGUUCGUUAAAAGUGGUCAUGUUGAUCACCGACUCAAGAGAUCUUUGUCAGGUGCCUUUGCCCUGGGUGGAGAUAUGCUUGAUUCUGUUAGCAUGGGCGAUGAUUUGAUGCAGUACCAACAAGGAGCUGGAAUGGCGUCUGCCGUAAGCUUUACCACAUCCACUACUCAGAAAUGGCGUGAUCAUCGAAUUAAUCCUAACGGCGAAAUGUUACAUGUAAUACCACCGCCUCCAUUUAUUGUGAAUCACAAUCACCUCGAAAAAAUUCCCCGAGAAUUGGAAGAAAGCGAGAUUGUAUCUGAAGGCAUGCCCCCUUCAAUUCCAAGUAUGGAAGAGGGAGAAAAUGAAUUUGUUAGAAAUAUUUCAUCUCCGGAUAAUAACAGUACAAGAUCUCCCAGGAACCACAGAAACCAUCACAAAACAAAACAGUUGAAAUAUUCUCAAUCUAAGAAGGAUGGAGAGAGCGGCAAGGAACACAAAAUAAAUAAACGAUCUUCGGGCGUUGGCAUCGGUAGUACUGCGUCAUCUAUGAAGAACGUAUCCUGGGUGCAAUAUUUAGACACUGGAAGAUGGUUCCUUUCCGUUUAUAACGACGAUCUACGCCCGCACGCAGUAACCAUGAUUUUAGCCGAGGCAGAAGGAAUAUCUACCGCCUGUCCAAAUGACUGUAGUGGACAUGGGUCAUGCUACAUGGGAAAGUGUGACUGCAUCGACGGAUACGAAGGAAUUGAUUGUUCAAAAAGUGUCUGCCCUGUUUUAUGUUCUAAUCAUGGGAAAUAUGGAGGCGGCCUCUGUCACUGUGAAGAAGGCUGGAAAGGUCCUGAGUGUGAUAUUCCUGAGCAUGAUUGCCAAGUUCCUGAUUGUACAGGACAUGGUCAAUGCUUAGCUGGAGUGUGCGUCUGCCGGGCUGGCUGGAAGGGCACUUACUGCGAACAAGUGGAUUGCCCAGAUCCAAAUUGUUCAGGACAUGGAACAUGUGUUGGAGGCAAAUGUUACUGUAAAGCUGGUUGGCAAGGUGCUAAUUGUAGUGUUGUGGAUCAGCAAGUAUAUCAGUGUCUCCCAGGAUGUUCUGAACAUGGAAGUUAUGAUCUGGAAACUGGCACCUGUAUAUGUGAGAACUACUGGGCUGGACCAGAUUGUUCCCAAGCUCUAUGUAGCCUGGAUUGUGGUCCUCAUGGCCGUUGUGAUAAAGGAAAAUGUGAUUGUGACCAAGGAUGGACUGGUGACCGAUGUGAUCUCCUCCCUUGUGAUCCUCGAUGCUCUGAGCAUGGUCAAUGUAAAAAUGGAACAUGUGUUUGUUCACAAGGUUGGAAUGGAAGACACUGUACCCUUCCGGGUUGCAAGAGUGCAUGUAAUCGUCAUGGGACAUGUGCUCUGGAAGAUGGAGAAUACCAUUGUGUAUGUUCAGAUGGAUGGGCAGGUGCAGACUGCAGCAUUCGUCUUGAAAUGGAAUGUAAAGAUGAAAUAGAUAACGAUGAGGAUGGCAUGGUGGACUGCUCUGACAGCGAGUGCUGUUUACAUCCUUCGUGUAGUGACAGCAUCAUGUGCCUGGCUUCCAAUGAUCCUGUUGAGGUGCUAUUGAGGAAACAACCUCCUUCUGUAACAGCUUCCUUUUACCAACGAGUUAAGUUUCUCAUUGAAGAAAAUAGUGUUCAAAGCUAUGCUCACAUGGAUGAAUACAGUGAAAGCCGUGUAUCUGUCAUGCGAGGUCAGGUGGUCACACCACAAGGACUCGGUAUUGUAAGCAUUCGUGUGAGUGUUGACCGUGAGUCAAAAUUUGGUUUUACACUGACCAGAGCAGGUGGAUGGUUUGAUGUAUUAGUCAAUGGAGGUGGAGCUGUUACUCUUCAGUUUCAAAGAAGUCCAUUCCAACCACUCACUAAAACAGUUUUUGUUCCUUGGAAUCAGAUUGUAGUCCUUCCUCCCAUUACCAUGCAACUUAGUGAAGAUACAGAUGUAUACAAUGAUAAUUCUGGACCAAAUGGAUUCUCAUUAGGUUUACCGGGCUCUAGCAUGCCAUUAUUUUCAAGUAAUUCACAUCAUGGACCAUGUUUGGAUCAUGACCAUGAACUUGUAAGACCUGUGAUUAUGUCAACAUGGAUGCCAGAAAAAGUUGGAGGUAUUCCUGGAAGGAGUGUUGUGUUUGCUGAAACACAGAUUUUACAGGAAAGCAUUCGUAUUCCUGGAUCAAAGUUGCAUCUCAUGUAUCAGAGUAGCCAGGCUCCAGGUUACUUAUCACGAGUGUUAAUGAGACUAACUCAUGCAACCAUCCCUUCCACACUGACUCAUGUGCAUGUACGUGUGGAGAUCGAAGGUUCUGUUCACACACGAACAUAUGAAGCAGAUCCUCGUCUCACACACACGUUUGCGUGGAACAAACGAAAUGUAUAUAAACAAAAGGUUUAUGGAGUGGCACAAGCCCGAAUAUCAGUUGGCUACCAGUAUUCAACAUGUCCAUCCAUUGUUUGGGAAACACAAACUGCAAUGUUGCAAGGUUUUGAUGUAGAUAUUUCAGAUGUUGGUGGUUGGAGUUUAGAUAUACAUCAUCAUUACAAUUUCCAUGAAGGUAUUUUGCAGAAAGGAGAUGGUUCAACCCUUCAUUUCAAACAAUAUCCUCGAACAGUGAAAGUAGUAAUGGGUACUGGUUUGCAAAGACCUCUAAUGUGCAAUGAUUGUAAUGGAGCAGCCAAAGAUAGUCGUCUCUUAACUCCAGUAGCUCUGACAAGUGGCCCAGAUGGUAGCCUUUAUGUUGGAGAUUUCAAUCUUGUGCGUCGCAUUACACCAGAUGGCAAAGUGUACACUGUUCUUCAGUUAAGUGCCACUCAGGUAUCUUAUCAGUAUUACCUUAGCGUGUCACCUGCAGAUGGUCAUUUGUAUAUUUCCAAUCCUGAGAAGCACCAAAUUCUGCGAGUACUCUCUCUGGACCCUGUAGAAGAACCUGCAAUCAAUUGUGAGCCAGUGGUUGGUUCUGGAGAGCGUUGUAUUCCUGGUGAUGAAACUCAUUGUGGUGAUGAGGGACCAGCACGAGACGCAAAGCUUGCUCAUCCUAAAGGUUUAGCUAUUGCAGCUGACAAAACUAUGUUUAUCGCCGAUGGAACAAAUAUUAGAGCUGUUGACCCUAAAGAUAUUAUCCAUACUCUUGUUGGUCAUCAUGGUCAUCACAAUCAUUGGACACCUGUCCCUUGUCAUGGUGCAAUUCCAGCUCAGCAGGCACAAUUACAAUGGCCGACUGGACUAUCUCUUAGCCCUCUUGAUGGAAGUUUACACUUCAUUGAUGACAGACUUGUUCUCAAAUUAACUGAUGACUUGAAAGUAAAGGUAGUUGCUGGUACCCCUCUGCAUUGCCAUGCCAGCACAACAGAUAACCAUCAACAUGGAAAAUCAAGUAAUAAUCAUGAUAAUGAAAACACAUCACCUGAGGAACCGGAGAAACUGGAAGUAGAAGAGAGUACAAAAGCCACAAGGACAGUAUUGGGUUCUGUACUAGCACUAGCUUUUAGCCCUUCAGGUGAUUUAUUUAUUGCUGAAAGUGAUUCACGAAAAAUAAACUCAAUCAGAGUUGUAGAUUCUGCAGGAAGAAUUUCAGAUUUUGCUGGUCGACAACAAGGAAAACUUUCACGGCUUGUACCCUGUGAUUGCAACACUAAUUUCAACACUUCAACUGUAGCUGGAAUAUCUUCAAAUUGUCCUUGUGCGUCAGUUAUAGAUGAUUCUAAUGCAGAACAUAGUUCAAAAGAAACUAUGUUAUCCUCAAAUGCUCAAUUUACUUCCAUAUCAGCUCUGACAGUAUCUCCUGAUGGUGUUUUAAAUGUUGCUGAUCAAGGAAGCUUACACAUUUUGGCACUUGAACAUUAUCUACCUACACAUGAUGAAAAUGGAGAGUUCAGGAUUCCAUAUCCACCAACACGUGAGAUUUACGUGUUCAACCGAUAUGGGCAACAUAUAGCAACAAAGGAUCUCACAUCUGGCAAAACUCGUUAUUCCUUCCUCUACAGUAAAAACACUAGUUUCGGGAAGUUAUCUACAGUAACAGAUAGUUCUGGAAACAAAAUUCUUUUCUUAAGAGACUAUAGCAAUGUGGUGAGCACUAUUGAAAACACUCAAGAUCACAAAUCAGACUUGAAGAUUUCUGCUGUUGGCUUUUUGGUAAAGUUUUCUGAAAAAGGAAAAACUGAAAUUGAACUUGAAUAUGAUAGUACUACAGGUCUCUUAACCAGUCGCUCUGAUUCUCGAGGAGGAGGGGGAGGUGAAACCUAUAUGUACCAUUAUGAAGGGAAUGGCCGUUUAACUGAUGUCAUUCUAUCCACUGGGGAAACAGUGAGUUUAUCUUCAUACUUAACACCAGAUGAUGGACUUGCAGUAGAAGUCUCAGCACCUGUUCAGUCCCUUGCAGCCUCAGAUCUUCAGCAACAUUCUUCAACAUCACCCCAACAACAACAUGCUAUUUCUCUAAAAAUGGAAGGAAGAGGAGCAAAACGAUUAAUUAUUAGAGAAGGUGCUGCUGUAAGUGAAGCUGUGACAUUUCCCAAUGGAUCUUUCUCAAUUCACUGGGCGCAUGGUGGAACACUUCAAUGUGCUGCCCUGGCACGCCAUCCUUUGUUGGAGUUGGCUUUGCCAGUUGAAGCUGAGAUGUUGCCCAUGUGGAGUCAGCAGAUAAUGACUUUGGGAGAUGGUCUUGUGAAUGCUAUGCAAUGGACUUACACACUUGUGGGUGAUGUGGGGGCAUCAGAACAGACAUUGCAGAGAGAAUUAUGGGUAAACAAUUCAAGAGUCCUGGGCAUUGAAUUUGAUCAAGCUAGUGGGCGAGAAACUUUCUAUAACAGAGAUCGCCAAGCACUUCUGUCAGUAACAUUUGAUACUGCUGGUUUGCCACAAUCAUGGAUUCCAGCAAAUGGUGGUCAACCAGUAAAUAUUUCUUAUGACAGGUUCAAUCGUGUUGAUGGUUGGCAAUGGGGAAUUCAGAGUGAGAAAUACAGUUAUGAAAACCAUGGUCUUCUAUCUGAAAUAAAAUCUCCACUUGAUGGUUCAACUAAAUUUACUUACAAUGAAUUGAAUAUGCUUCUGCACAUAACAUUGCCCAGUCAAAGGCGCUUCACUCUCCAAUAUGAUGAUGAUGGUGGCCUACGUCAUGUUAUUCUGCCAAGCACAACGAGACACUCCUUUUCCUGCCAACCAUCACUGGGCUUCCUGCGUGUGACAUACACACCUCCAGGUAGCCAGCGGGCCUACAUCCAGCAUUAUGCUCAUUCUGGUGCCCUUCUACAGACAGUCUUCCCUGGGGAUGGAGCACGAGUUAUCUAUAGAUAUCAUAGUUCUGGACAACUUGCAGAGGUACUUCAUGGUGAUGGAAGGAGUCAAAUAAAUUACUCUCCUUUGACUGGUUUUCCAAAUGAAGUACUUCAUACAGAAAAAGAUUUUGAAUAUCGUUGGGAUUAUCAAUACACAUCUGGUCUCCUUACUGAAGAAAGAUUGGAUUUUGGAGCCAAGACAGGACUUAGCAAUGCCAAAUUCACCUAUGAAUAUGAUUCCAAUUUCCGUCUAACGGGUGUUCAAGGACGCAUUGGAGGCCAAAACUUGCCUGAACACUCUUUGGAAUACAACAGUAAAACAGGUGCUCCUGAACAGAUUGGUCAGUUUAAGGUUUCUCAUCCUCAUCCUAAUGAAACAACAGUUUAUGAUGGAACUGCUAGUUUUUCACGAUUGAGCAAUAGCCAAUUUCAAGAAGUGCAAGUAGCAGUUACAAUCCAUGGAGUUGAAGUCUUUCACAUGGAAUUCACCUAUGACUCACGCAGCCGCAUUAGUCAGACUCGCACAUCUCGUAACAUGGGUGCUAAUACUUACACAAAUGAGAAAAAUUACACAUGGGACUCUGAUGGCCAAUUGUCAGGAAUGGAAGAUCAGGAACCAUGGGGAUUCAGAUAUGAUGCUAAUGGCAAUCUGUUGUCCCUAACUUACAAAGGCAAAGCCAUUCCAAUGGAAUAUAAUACCAUGGACCGGAUAGUGAAAUGUGGCGAUGGACUAUACCACUAUGAUAACCGGGGUCUUGUGGUUCAGAAUGCAAGAGAGGAGAGGUUCCAUUAUAAUGCCAAAGGACUUCUGGUACGAGCAACUAAACGAGGCCGUUUUGAUGUGCAUUAUUAUUACGAUCAUCUAGACAGACUGGCUACGAGGAAAGAUAACUUUGGAAAUGUUACUCAGUUCUUCUACACAAAUCAUCUACGUCCUAAUGAGGUUAGCCAGAUAUACAACCCAAGAGAUGGCAAAUUAAUGUCUUUGGUUUAUGAUGACCGAGGUCAUUUGAUAUAUGCACAAGUGCAUCGUCACAAGUACUAUGUGGCAACAGAUCAGUGUGGAACACCUAUCAUGGUGUUCAAUCAGUAUGGAGAAGGAAUUCGUGAGAUCAUGCGGUCUCCAUAUGGACAUAUUGUUUAUGAUUCUAAUCCAUAUUUAUACUUGCCUGUGGAUUUCUGUGGAGGUUUAUUAGACCAGGUAACUUCACUGGUACACAUGCCUAAUGGAAAAGUUUACGAUCCCCUAAUUGGACAGUGGAUGUCUCCAAUGUGGGAAGGUGUCUUAGACAGGGUUGCAAAUCCAACCCAACUGCAUUUGUAUAGAUUUAAUGGAAAUGAUCCUAUUAAUGUGAGAAGGAAUCGCCAGCACUUGACAGAUCACCAAAGUUGGCUUUCAUUGCUGGGUUAUGAACUACAGAGUUUAGCUCCUCAACUUUACCCUGAAAAUUUGCCUGCAGGAGGUCUACCCUCCUCUAUAAUGCUGGGAGGAUCUCUUGGUCCACCUAAAGGAGAUCCUGGACGUACAGUCCUGUCAAUUUCCAUGCCUCAGUUAAUGCUAUCUAGAUCAUCUAUCCAACUAGAACAUGGUUCUAAUAUACCAGCGUUUAGUGUAGCUUCUGGUUUCCUGUCACAUUUAGCAGAGAGACGACUUGGGGAUGCAUCAACUUUGUCAUCACCUCCAAGAUCUGCUGUCAAAAAAGAUACAUGGCCUCCCAGCAAUUAUCCAGCCACAAAUCCAGCAUCUGUGUUUCCAUUUCGGCGACUAGGAUCAGCAUCAGAUCCACCAUUUGGUCGAGGAAUAAUUGUAUCAAGAACUCCUGAUGGACAUGCUGUUGUUAGCAGUGUUCCAGCAGCCAAUGCAAUUUAUCGUGAUGUUUUCACAUCUGUUUUCAACCAAUCGUAUCUAUUACCAUUCACUUUUCUUGUUCACAAUGCCCAACAAGAUGCAUUCUAUUUUGUGAAAGAAGACACAUGGCGAGCAACUGAAGAUCUAACCCAAUUGAAACGGCUCGGAGGACAAGUGAAUGUCACUUUCCAUGAAAAGGAAGCUGGAUCAUCAGAAUCCAAUGGUGGAAAUGGAAAAGUUGCAGACCUCAAAAUACAUGGUACAAGUGCAGUGGUAAAUCUUCGAUAUGGAACAACACCUGAUAAAGAAAAACAACGACUUCUACAUCAUGCAAAGGGAAUCGCUGUUAGAAAAGCAUGGCACAGAGAGCGAGAAGCACUUAGAAAUAGUUUUGCUGGCGCAGUAGAUUGGUCUGUCACAGAGAUUGAAGAGAUUGUUAAAGUGGGGUUGGCAUCUAGUUAUGAUGGAGAGUAUAUUCAUGAUGUCCAACGUUAUCCUGAGCUGGCAGAAGAUCCAUUUAAUAUAAGAUUUGUUAAGAAAACUACAACAUCCCCAAGUGAUACAAAUAAGCGCCGCAGAAAGAAGAGAGGAGUUCUUCAUCAACCAGAAUCAAAAAAUUAUAAAUCUAUCUACUCUCAAGUACUAACACAGUCUCAGAAAUUGAAAGAAUCAUUACUUUCGAAUAUUACACAAGAUUUAUUGCAACCAUCCACUGGACCUUUCAAGGUACAUUCUAGAAGAACUUGUGUAAAUAAAAAGCACUGGUGGUUACCGUGGGUCCAUCGCACUCCUGCUUGCUAGGAGAAACACAUGCUCAGAAAAAAAUAACCUGGGCAUAUUCCAACUGCUAAGCCUAAGAUACAUACUAUUUCUGCUGUAGAAAAUUGAGAAGAAAUGAAAGCAGCAGUGAAAUGAUCCAUGCAGUUUUGAAUGUAGAGUAAUGAGCUUAUCCCACUUCUGGGCCAAGAACAUUGCAUACUCUUUAGUUUCAGUACGGAAUGUGAGACAUAGAGAACAAGACUGAUGCUGAUAUAUUACAUAAUGUUGAUGCUAUAGCUUGUAUUGGAAGUGAAUUAAAACAAAAUGGCUAAUCUUAACAAAUGGAAUUACUACACAUUUAUGACAAAAUAACAACAGUAUUGACCAAAAAAGUUGCUAAUUGCCCUGUCAUCUGUAGCAGGAGCUAAUGGUGAUUGUGGUGGUAUGUGGCAAUUAGCUGGUCAUAAUGCACUGAAUAGAAAUAUUCAAGAACAGAUAUGUUGGCAUAUAAGAACUGUAUAUAUUAUUUGGUACUCUUUCAUAUUCACUGUUUUUAAAUAAAGAGAUUGAUAAAUCUGUGUGCCAAUUGCACGUAAUGCUAAUGUCAAAUUAAACACCAGAUAUGAUUUGGAUCAGCGUACCUUUAUAUCAUAUCUUUGUGCAAUGUCUUGUUACUGAAGACUGUGAAAAUUGAAUGUUCUUUAUAAUUGUAAUGAGCAUGCAUAUUACUCAAAUUGUCAUUUGAAGAAAGUGAUAAUACUAUGGUAUUUUAUACCCAUAUUAUUUAUUCCAAAGUGGCCAAAAGAAUCAAUGAAAUUAGUUUUAUUCUUAUUAGUAACAUGUGUGCCAAUCUUUUUAGUGCACACAUUUGGAAACAUUAAAGAAGGCAAUUUAUUCUGCAGAAGAAUCUUGUAAAUAUAUUUAUAUAUGAACUACUUGUCAAAAGUUGAAACACUGGCAUAUAUGUGAAAGGAGGAAAGUUUUUGUGUGAUGACAUCUGCGUGCUGUAGAAUGACGAAGCAUUGAAUUGUUUCUAUGUUUGCUACAUCCUAUUGAAAGAUGUUUAAAAUGGUGUAUCAUAUUUAAAACAAUUUGCAGUGUCCAGUGUUGAAUAUAGUAUAAAUGUAUUACCACACACUUAUGUGUUAAGGUUUAUAUUUUUAUUAUAGACAAGAAUGGCGUGAUGGGUCAAGAUAUUCUGAAACUUUUUUUUUUUGAUGUGCAGAAAAAAAAAAAAUAAUUUUCAGUGUUGUGUUCAUCAAAAUGGAACAUGUCAAAUAAUUGUCUAACUAAAUGUGUCUGUUAAUUUUUAAAAUAUACUACCUAAGUUGUGUAAGUGUACUACUAUGUUAAUCUAUGAUAUAUAUAUAUAAAAUUAUAUAUUAUAAUGAGACCUAAUGUGCCAUGUGGGGCUCACAAAUUGAACAGAAGAAAAUUUGCUAUUACUUGGUUGAGGAAUACAUCUUCUACAUGUCUUACUAUGUAUCCAUUCUCUUGGAACACAAAACAUUUUAAGCCAUGGUUAUUUUGAAAUAUUUGAUCAGUUGUAAAAAUCAAUGUUAUAAAAAAUAUCUCACUCAUGCUCCAAGUAUAGAGUGAACAGAAUUUUUUUUCUAACAUGUUAUUCCUUACACAUGUAUGCUGCAAUAUGUAUCUGUGCUUGUAUAUGCAAUGUUUAUGCACAGACCCUCACAUGUGCACACAUCUGAUAUAACAAUGAAAGCACAUAUCAGUUUUGUACAAUUUUUAUUGACUGAAAUUAUAAUUGUGUUUCUAUUGACAUAACUUAUACAAAUAUUUUCAUUUAGCUUUUGAAUUUAUGUGUGCAUAUGUGAGAAUGUAGAAUAUGUAUGUUGCCUACCUGUAUCAUUUUACCAGAUCUCACUUUUCCUUGUAUGUUUGUGUCUAUAUACCUACUUUCAGAAAUCUAUGUUAUUGGCCUGUGUUUAACAGAUUUUUCUGAUCACAGAAAGCCUGCAUUUAUAAAAAUUGACAUUUUCCUAUAGUAUUCAUUUUGUGGUUAUUACAGUGAUUAAUUUAGAAUGCUUUUACCAGAUAGUUGUGAUACGUAGGCCUGGCUGGGUUAAAAUAGCAAAUAUGUUUUGUUUGUAUUAUAUAGCUUACUCAAGCAUAACUGUUGUACAUAACUGUAUUUCUCUUUCAAUUUUCUGUAAAUGAGAAUGCUGACACAUCUCGUUGUGCUGAAUAUAUAUAUUUUGUUUGUUUUCAUUACAUUUAAUAUAACAUGUAAGUUUGUACUUACAAGCCAGACCAUGAACAGAGUAUGAAAUGGAAAUUGUUGCAUUACAGUCUGAGUACAGUCACUUGAAGUUUUUGAGAGAACUACAUUACUUAAAAUAAUAUAUUAUUGAUAUUAUGAAGUUUUAUCUAAUUAUAAAAAGUGUGUCAAGAAAUUUUUUAAAAUGUUCCUCCAUUUAAAUGUAAAAUGAUUUUAAUUUUGUGAAUUCAAUUUAGACCCUUGAAAAUGUUAAAAAUUGAUCUCAGAGUCAAUUCAUUGUCCAUCCAUUCAUAAUUCAAAGAGUAAUAAGCUCAAGAGAAAAAUAUUUGUAACAUUUGUUAUUAUCAAUUAUUUCUUUAUUUGAAAAUUAAAUUCUGGAAACUGGAAGGGAUUCUUUAGCUAUGUUCCGUUACAAUGAACUACCAUAAUUGUAAAAUUUGUAUGCAAUUGUAUUAUUCAGGCUCAUUUGUUAUAUCACAAUGACAAAUUGAAAAGGAGAAAAAUUUAAUUAUUUACUAUAACAAAGAUCUUCAGUUAAUUGACAUUCAUUUCAUGCUCUUAAUUUUUUCAUAUUGUCUCUUAUUUUUUCUCAUUCUGGCACUUAAAAUAUUGCAUCAAACUUUUGCAUAUGUUCAUAAUGAUGUUUAACCAAUUUGAUCAAGGCCUUCCUUUAUACAUAAUGCAAAACAUCAGAAAAAAUGGAAUUGUCAAAAUUUUUUUUCUUCUACCAAAUCUCAUAACUGAUGACUGAAUUUCGUUUAUCAUGAGACAAAAUGUACUAUGGCAUUGAUGGUCCAUUUUAGUGUCAUUAAUUUAUGAUAAUUUUUAAGUACCAUCACAAGAGUUACGUAAUGCCCCAUCACUAACUUAAAAUUGUAAGCAUUUGCAAUAUGCACAUGUUUAUAGCAAUAGACUGUGUUGGUUAUUUUUUUACUGUAUUAGUAUGUAAAAGUAUGACAUGGUAUGAUAUGCAGAUGAUGGAUUUCUAGUUGUCAGCAUGAGCAUAAAAAGCACAGCAGUGCUGGUGACCUCUUUAUUGGAAGGUAUUAUAUUCACUAUUGUUAAGCUGGCUUGUAUUGCAAACAUAGCUGUGCUGUAGUAUGAUAGUUUGUUGAGUAUUGAAUGAAAAUUUCUUGAGUAUACUUGACACCUGACAAGUAUAUGUGUGUUUUAAAGCAAAUUUUAAAACAGCAAAAAUUGAAAUUACAAACAUAUGGCUGGACUACGUGCAGGCAAAUUAUUUGAUCAAUGAUCAUUUGAAUAACAGCUUGUGUGUGUGUGAAUGCAUUUCUGAGUGUGCAUGUAUGCAUGCAGAUAGAUGUGGGGGUGAGUGUAUAUAUAUAUACAAUAAAUGUAUAUUAUUUAUUUAUAAAUGUACAUACAGAUUUAUACAACUAUAAAUCUGUUUUGGAGAAUGGAUGUAUAUACUCUAUGUAUGUGUUAUACAAAAUUUGUUUGAAUCUAUUUUUUUUCUGAAAAUGAGCUUAUAAAGUGAUUGCUUAACAUAUGCUUCCUUAUUAUCUACUUUUGAUUAAAUAAUUUAGAACAUUAAUUACUUUUAAAAUACCUAUGCCUUAACAACAGUAUUGACACAAGUUUAAAAUGAGAGAGUAAAUCUUAAAAUUUUGACUUCUGUGAAGUGUAUACCAAAUAAAUGUUUAAAAAAAUCCUAAUUUGGCUCAAAAUAGUGGUACUCUGUGCAUAAAUAACAUUAAAAUGUAAUUUGGACUGUCCAUUAUAUGAGAAUCAGUAAAAUUGUUGCUAAGUAAUGGAACAAAGUUUCUUCUGCACUUUAUUUCAUUUAAAUUCUACAAGCAAUUGAGGCCCAAAGUCAUUGGUGAAUCAUCAAACAAUUUGUUCUUUUAAUAGAUCUUCUCAGUAUCUGCCUUUGUAUUUUAUUUUGUUAUGAAAAUAUGCAGAUUCCUAUUAUUCAGAAGCAAAAUUUAACUGACAAAUUAAAUGCUGUUACAAUGUAUUUCUGUGCUAUCAUGUUUGUAUUUAUUGUUCUUAAGAAAUGAACAGAAAUGACUAGUUCUGCAACCAUACUUUUCAAAAUAUACAGACAUAUUUUUUUUGAAAGGAAAUGAAAAUGUGUAUCUUGGAUUGUAUGCAUUUCCAAUUAUGGCAAAGUAUACCUUAAUAUUUUUUGAAGAUAAUUCACGAUCCACCUCAGUAUACUUCUCUCUUUAAUAGAGUAGGCAAUUGAUGAAAACAUGAAAAAAGUUUGUUGGAGUUUUAUUAUUUACGUUACUUCUGUUGAAUUAAAUCUCUGUAUAUUUUAUUAACUCAAAUGCUUCUAUUUUGAAUUCAAUAUACAAUUGAGUGAUGCAGCAUCUGUUAUUUUAAGUCAUCAGAAUAAAGUGUUUAUUCCAUACUUUGAUAAUAUUACAUUAAUACGACACAUAAGUAAUUUCAUAAAUAAUUUCAAAUUGUUUAUAGACAUUCUGUAUGGUGCUGAACAAAAUUUGGAUGAAAUAGUGUUUAAUUUAUAAAAUUCAUUGAAUCUCACUAUAUCUUUUGAAAUUGAAAUAGACUCGUUUUUAAAAUUUGAGAAAAAAACAUUAUUUUCAAAUGAUUCACUAAAUUGACAAUAAUUUUUUUUUCAGUAUUAAUCUUUAAACAAUAACAUAAUUGAAAAGACUUUCAAUUGCCUUUCGAUUGGACCAACAUAAUUCUUCAAAGCAUAUACUGAGAAAUGUUAAAGAUUAACUCUUGCACAUCAUUUGAAUGUGAAUAUAUUUGGAUACGUUGAAGUUAUUCAUUUCAUUCCUGUCUGUCUUCAUUAUAUAAAUAGUUCAAUAUUUUAUAUUGAAAAAAAAAAAGGUAUUUUAGUAUCAAAAUUAAUUGUUUAAUAGGCCCUAUAUUAUGACUGUUUCAGAAGACAGGCUGUUCAAUUAAUGAAAGUUUAAAAUAAUGUUCUGCUCAGCUCCACAUGGAAACUGAGUCUUUAUCUUCUGCUCGUGUUUCCUGAAAAAACUUCCGACACUAGUGAAACAUGUCACUGAAUAAUAACUUACACAUUUUACAUACCACUGUUUGACGGUAAAGUAGAUUGUUGACAUGUAAAUGGUUAAUUAAAAUUUGUAACACUUAAUUUUUCAUUAUUUGGAAGUGAUCAUUUAAAAAUGUACCACUAUUGUCUUUAAAUGUAUUAUUCAUGUAACACACAAACAACGUAUUUUGGUACAUAUUUUUGAAUUUAAUGAGUAAAAAAUGUUGUGUACUUACAUAACCACCAACAAAAGAAACAGCACACACCAAUAAAAUAAUUAAUAAAACA